AACAACUUGUAUGUGCCUUAUUGUGUACAUCUGGUCAACCUCGGUUUUCACCACAUCGUUGCUUCCUCACUCUGUCCAUUGUCCUUUCUUCCUUAUCACGUCAAGCAUCAAUUGAUUUGGCAAUCACAAUUCAUCCUUAGACCAUCGGGGCCGUUCUCACCUUUGCUGCCAUGCCUCGCACCAGCCUUGGGAAACGGACGAGGGAUCUACCCGACGAUAUAUUUUAUACCGAUUCCCCGGCCAAGCGAACUAGACGGUCCCUCGCCCGCCUGAGAGAAGUGAACGACGAGAACGUAAACCCAGAAACAACUACCACGCAACGAUUUCUACACAAGAUAUCUGAGGUCGACAAUGAUGACGAUGACGACGAUUUUUGCAUCGCAACACCUACACCGCGUAGACCAGGUCGCCCACGAUCCAAGAUUAGCCUUUCUAGCCCUGUACCAAUCACCCCACAGACACCACGGCACCGAGAUGCCUUUGCCAACACCCCGACAACUCCGCGGCAUGUUGUCAUGUCCGCUGGGAAGCUCUUCAAGAGACUAACUCCUCAGACACCUUCUUCUCCGAGCACCCAACUGACGGUGUAUCAUUCUGCGCGGCAGCUCUUUGCGCGAGGUGCUGAUCCCGGACAACUCAUCGGCCGCGAAGCAGAGCGUCUACGCCUGGUCAAAUUCGUCGAACGUAGUUCGUCUUCAAGCCCUGGCGGCUGCCUCUAUGUCAGCGGGCCUCCAGGUACCGGAAAGAGCGCCAUGAUCAAGGACGUGACACAGCAGUGGUCGGAAAGGCCGGAAACUACAAACGUGCGCCACGCAUUUGUCAAUUGCAUGAGCAUCAAGUCAUCCAGGGAUCUCUACCACGCGUUGCUCGAAAACCUUGGGCACAGCGGCGACCGAUCCGAGGCGCAAGCUAUAGCCGCGCUGCAGAAAAUAUUCAUCACCUCGAAGAAGGACAGCCCCAUCUACAUGGUCGUGCUCGAUGAGAUCGAUCACGUGUUGACUAUGGGUCUGGAAAGUCUCUAUCGGCUAUUUGAGUGGUCGUUGGAAAAGCCGUCCAGGCUCAUGUUGAUCGGUAUCGCCAACGCCCUGGAUCUCACAGACCGAUUCUUGCCGCGACUUAAGUCCAAGAAUCUGAAGCCGGACCUGCUACCAUUCCACCCCUACUCCGCGGCACAGAUUAAGAACAUCAUCACCACACGUCUUAAGAGUUUGCUUCCCGAAGGCAGCCAACAGGCAACACCGCCGUUCAUUCACCCAGCGGCCAUCGAACUUUGCUCGAGAAAGGUUUCAAGCCAAACUGGUGACCUCCGGAAGGCGUUCGAGAUUUGCCGAAGAGCUCUUGAUUUAGUAGAGGCCGAGCAGAGAGAGAAGCAUGAGAUGGAGGCACGGGAGAAGAUGUUGCAAAUGACACCUUCCCGGAAGCCGCUCGGCGAAGCCGCCAACAAAUUGUCACCGUCCAGGGGCGAGAGUCAUAGGAGCGUGGCACAGAUGGCGGCCGCGUCGCUAAGACAGCUAGCGCCGGAGACGGCGCCUCGUGCAUCCAUCGCCCACUUGAACAAGGUUACGCAGGCCGCCUUCAGCAACGGAACGAGCCAGCGACUCAAGGCCCUGAAUUUGCAGCAGAAGGCGGCUUUAUGUGCUCUCGUCGCACUGGAGAAGCGGAACCGGGACACGAUAACACGAAUGGCGACCGCGCCAGCGACGCCUUCCAAGUCACGGACUCUUGCCCCGACAGUCAAGAUGCUUUAUGAUACAUACUCUACCCUUUGCACGCAGGACUCUGUGCUGCACCCGCUAUCGAGUUCGGAGUUCCGCGAGGUAGUGGGCAGCCUGGAGACUCUCGGCCUAGUCAACCCGGUAGACGGCAAGUUGGGGGGUCUCAUUGCUCAAACGCCCAGCAAGAGGAGACGGAACGCCGUGAUGAUCACGGCGGAAGAGAAACGACUGGCUAGUUGUGUCGGGGAGAAGGAGAUGGAACAGAUGACGCAGGGCGUUGGUGCAGGCAUUCUCCAGAGUAUUCUCAGCGGAGACGCCUUGGAUUAGAUUGGUAAAAAAUCAAGCGAAGAAAAGAGGAAGUGGGGGUUUUUUUUUGAGUUGUUUGUUUCAGGCGUCCGACGGGAGAAAAUCCUGUACGUCAUGACAUGGCAUUGCGUGGAUGAGAUCAUUACUUUAGCGUUUGAUAUUGGAGUCUUAAGCAUCCGGGCGUGGGACUUGGAUAAACGAAAGGAAGAUAGCAGUUGGUACUUUAUACGACCAUGCCGAUGCCGGGCUGGACGAGAAUAUACAAGAGUAUGAAGCAAGAGAAAUGUUCACCCGGUAGUAUAUGGCCCAAUUGU